UGUGCCCUUUCCAAACCAACACACGUGUGUAUAAUAGGCUGGUCUUUCGUUGUGUGAGGUGCGACAGUGAAGUAGGCUUGAAACGGUCGGAAUCAAGCUAUAAUCAUGCUGAAAUCAAUUUCACGCGCAGUUAGUAUCGCUACACGACUUUCAAACAAGACCGCAACAGCGUCUGCCACACGUACGGUAGAACCGCUCGUAAGGUCUAUAUUAUGUGUGCCGAACUCGGCACCUAUCCGGCCUUUCACCCGCUCUAUUUGGAUGAUGUGCAAUAAUGGAGCUACGUCGGGGAGCAGAACAAGACUUUUCACAUCCAAAGGGUUUCUUCCAUCAGCAUCCUGUGGAUGUGGAGGGCUUCAUACAGAAGGUGACAAAGCCUUUGGAGAGUUUCUAAACGAUGAAAUCAAAGAGGAGAAGAAAAUUCAGAAAAACAAGGCACUCCCCAAAAUGUCUGGAGGAUGGGAGCUUGAAUUAAAUGGCACAGAGGCUAAACUUGUUAAAUCCCUUUCAGGAGAAAAAGUGACCAUAACUUUCAAUGUCAACAACAGCAUCCCUCCCAAUAUGGAGGAGGAUCCAGAGCAGGGACAGAAACCUGCAGACAAUGAGCCGGAAAUUGUAUCAACACCCAACUUUGUUGUGGAGGUGACAAAACAGUCAGCAAGUCAAGCCUUGGUGUUUGACUGCCACUUCCCUGAGGAUGAGGUUAGCCAUGGUGAAGGUGAGGAGGAGAGUGAUAUUUUUGCCAUUCGUGAAGUUAGUUUUCAGCCAACGGGGGAAACUGACUGGAAGGAAACCAGCUACACCCUCAACACAGACUCUUUGGACUGGGCCCUGUAUGACCAUCUGAUGGACUUCCUUGCUGACCGUGGAGUUGACAACACCUUUGCUGAUGAGCUGACGGAACUCAGCACUGCGCUGGAGCAUCAGGAGUACAUCAAGUUCCUGGAGGAUCUCAACGGAUUUGUAAAGUGCAACUGAUGUGAAAGGCCCUUUUUAGGGUUUCUGUACGUUUCCCAAUGUAAAGCUACCACCCCUUAAUUAUUGUUGAAAAGAGGAAUGAAGUCGUAGUGUUAUUUUUUAUUACACUGAAGUUAUUAAAUUUGUGCCCUUGUUCUUGGAA